UGGGUAUCUAUGAGCAUGAUUACUGCGAGGGGUAGGGAGGAGAUGCCGGUUGAUAAGAAGGGCCAGGGACAUCAUGACUAGCGAAAAGAAGAGCUCAUAGGUAGCUCCGAUCACAGCUGCGUCUGGAGAUCACAUUCGCAUUCACAACCACAUUCAGCAACCCGCCGCAACCGCAUACCCACCACAGCUCCACCGUUAGCUCCAUCCCACCAAAGACAUUUCGAAGUAAACAAUAUGGCCACCACAGCCGGCAUCGCCGCUGCAGUCGUGCCCGGGAAAGCCCUGGGAUUCAUCGCUCUCGGGUCCUCUCUCCACUACGUUCUUGCGCGUCUCCGAAGUUAUGAGAAAGCGUUCACGUCGAUUUCGACCAUCUACGAUCCCAUAUCCCCGCUGUCCUCGCCGGUCGUAAUACUCCUUGAGAAUAACGGGAUCCGCCUGCGCUUCGAUGGCGCCGACCAGCGGCUGCGGUUGAUCGAAGUCCUGGACUUUCAGAAAUGCGGGUUGACGUACAACAACCGCGAGAUCGUGAAGCCUGGCGCUGGAGGCGGCCCGACGUUCAAGGGCAUCUAUAAUAAAUCCUUCGGCCCCACAUAUCCAGGGGAAUACGUUGAAUCGCAGGGCCUCUACGUGCUAUCGUACCCCGGGGUGGCGUUUUCCUUCCCAAUAGACCGUAUAGCCUGGAAAGAAGACGUCGAUUUCGUCUCGCUACUCUCGUCGACCAACGCGCAGCCCGCCACGAGCAUGGCGAUAUUCGCGGGUCCGUCGUGGGCAGACGUGCGAGACGACCUGUUCACGCGCCCCGUCCAGAACCCACGUACCCCCAGCAUCAACGGCUCGAACGCGCGUCUGUCCUCCGCGAACGACGAAGUCGAGUUCAUUCGGAUCCAUGAUGGCAACGCCAUCGAGAUAAUACGGCGCCACAACCCGCCGUUUUGGAUCACGUUGCACUCUACCACGCCGCAGGAUCUGGUGUCGGAGUUGGGCCCGCCGGAUGUGAUAUACCGCAAGAGCGAUCACCGUCUCUCGAUCCACCGUACCCGCCAUGAUGAUAUCGACUCGACAGAGGAGGACACACCGUCCGACGACGACGACUCUGAUCUCUCGGACCUCUCCUCUACUUCCAACGGCGACUGUUUCUACAACUACUUCGUGCACGGCAUCGACAUCUUCAUCUCUAGCGUGCGCUCGUCCAGCAACCCCGUAGCCACCAAGGUAAUAAUCCACGGCAACGUUCCGGGGAGCUACGAGUUCCAGCGAUACCGGCGAUGCAGAUGGGCAGUAGAGCUUUCUCCGCUAUCACCGCCGAAAUCCACAAUGGAUCUGCACGUCGAUAGCGAGCAGUCCUUCGACGAUGUCCUAGUACAGCUCCAUGGACGCUUCGGUGGCGCUCAGAAGCCGAUGCCGUUGAAUCGUGGAAGCGAUUCGCCGAGUAGUAGCUGUGAACUGUUGGGCGGCUGGGAAGAUGGCGAUACGGCGACGGGUGCGAAGGUCCCCCCGGGAACGAACGAGACGACAUAUGGCAAUACUGAACUUUACGGAUUUCCGGGUUUCAUAUUCGAAGUAUUGAAGAAUAAGAGUAUUUCGUGUCUUACCGUGUUUUAACACCUUUUUGGGGGACAGAUUUCGGUCUACUUUAUAUUUUUAUUUUUGCCGUGUUUUACUUUGCUUUCAGCCGUUUGUUUUUUGUGCAGUUUUCAGGCAGGCAUCCAUCAUACCAGAAGUUGAAGUUAUUUAGUUGGGGCAUCGGGUUGCGGGCAUGGAGGAUUAUCCAUUCUUGUUCUCACUGUCUCUCUAUCGUGGUUCUGUG